AUGACGGGACGUGUCGGAGGGACGUCUUUUCAACGGUCCUUACACGUCCAAAUGUUUGCUGGGGAUCUGCUGGUGGGCAUCUGUGUGCCCACCACACUGAUUGACAGCCUUAUCUCAGGCUGGCCUUUUAGUCAGAUCACCUGCACCAUGAGCAACCUGAUCCAAGGCAUGUCAGUUUCUGCUUCUGUAUUCACCCUGGUUGCCAUAGCAAUGGACAGGUUUAUGGGAAUUGUUUACCCUUCCCAUCACCGCCUGAGACCUGUCACUGCACUUUUCACCAUCAUCUUCAUUUGGCUUCUUGCUUUUGCCAUAACCUUUCCUUCUGCUGCAACCCUGACCGUCAUUCAUCUCAAUGACAUGUACAUGGUUUGGGACAACCAGAUCUAUCUAUUAUUCGUGUGUUUCGAGGACUGGCCCAAAGCAGGCAUGCGGCGACUCUACACCUUGAUCAUCUUCGUCCAGGUGUACCUGGCCCCACUUGGUCUCAUAAGAGUCAUGUACAGCUGCAUCGCUGCAAAACUCUCCAACAACCUACGUCAGAAUCGAGUCUGAUCCAGGAGGAGAAUGAAAGUCAUCAAGAUGCUCAUCAUGGUUGCAAUUCUCUUCAUGGUCUCCUGGCUUCCGCUUUGGACUUUGAUGCUCCUCACGGACUAUCAGGAUCUAGACCGCCAACAGAUUGACUUCUUGAGCAGCUAUCUUUUUCCUGCAGCUCACUGGCUGGCGUUCUUCAACAGUGGUGUUAAUCCGAUCGGCUUCUUCAACGAGAACUUUCGAAGGGGCUUCCAGGCCAGCUCAUUCUUUGAUUUUGCUUGA